ACCUAAAACAUGCAAGGCAAUGGCAAGCUAGCUAGCCCCGGGCUUGCUUAUUUAUAGGCCGCUCUCCGCUCGAAGACACUCCCAACAAAGACGUAGCCAAAUAGAUCACUCGAUAAGCUCGCUAACACAUCGCCAUGGCAGUCGAAGCACAAGCGCUAGUGACGAUGGUUGCUGUCUUCCUGCUUAGCAGUUUUCUCACGAAGUCGGCCAUCCCAGAAGCAGCAGCAGGAGGAGGCUCCUCCUUCCUUGACGAGCUCCGCGACGCCCUGGGCGACGACGCGCCGGCACUCGUCCUCCGGGACGACGCCGAGGCCACGGCGCGCGCGUCCGCCGACUUCGGCAACGUGUCUUCGCCCGUGUUCGCGGCGCCUCAAGCCGUGCUGUACCCGUCGAGCCCGGGCGACAUCGCGGCGCUGGUGCGCGCGUCCUGGGCGCGCGCGCCGGCAUCCCCGUUCCCGGUGUCCGCCCGGGGCCGCGGCCACUCGACCCGGGGCCAGGCCGCGGCGCCCGGCGGCGUCGUCGUGGACAUGCCCUCGCUCGGCCGCGGCCCCGGCGGAACCGCCGAGCGGCUGUCCGUGUCCGCGGACGGCGGGUACGUGGACGCCGGGGGCGAGCAGCUGUGGGUGGACGUGCUGCACGCGGCCCUGGCGCACGGGCUCACCCCGCGCUCCUGGACCGACUACCUGCACCUCACCGUCGGCGGCACGCUCUCCAACGCCGGCAUCAGCGGCCAGGCCUUCCGCCACGGCCCCCAGAUCUCCAACGUCCUACAGCUCGACGUCAUCACCGGGGUGGGGGAGAUGGUGACGUGUUCGAAGGAGGAGCGCGCGGACCUGUUCGAGGCGGUGCUGGGCGGGCUGGGGCAGUUCGGGGUGAUCACGCGGGCGCGCAUCCGCCUGGCACCGGCGCCGGCCAGGGCGCGCUGGGUGCGCCUGCUCUACACGACAGCCGCGUCCCUGACGGGCGACCAGGAGCGGCUCAUCGCCGACGGUGGCGGCGUGUCGGGGCUCUUGGACUACGUCGAGGGCUCCGUGCUCCUCGCGGACCAGCUUGCCGGGAGCUGGCGCUCGCCGGGGUCGUCCUUCUCCUCCGACGCUGACAGCGGGGCCCGCGUCCAGGCGCUCGCACGGGAGGCCGGCGGCGUGCUCUACUGCCUCGAGGGCGCGCUCUACUACGGCGGCGCCUCCGCCGACGGCGAGUCCGACGUUGCCAAGAGGCUGGAGGUGCUUCUUCGUGAGCUGCGGUACGAGCGGGGGUUCGCGUUUGUGCAUGACGUGCCGUACUCGGGGUUCCUGGACCGUGUCCACAGCGGCGAGCUCAGUCUCCGAGCCAAGGGGCUCUGGGACGUGCCGCACCCGUGGCUCAACCUCUUCCUCCCGCGCUCCCACAUCCUCGACUUCGCUGCCGGCGUCUUCCACGGCAUCCUCCGACGUGACAACGACAACCACAUCACCGGCGCUGGAGGCCCCGUGCUCAUCUACCCCAUGAACCGGGACAAGUGGGACGAAAAGAUGUCGGCGGUGUUCCCGGAAGAGGAGGAGGUGUUCUACACGGUGGGGAUCCUCCCGUCGGCGCCGCCAGCGACGUCGACCGAUGGUGGCGACGAGCUGCGGCGCAUGGAGGAGCAGAACGAAGAGAUCAUGCGGUUCUGCGAGGCGGCCGGGAUACCCUGCGUGCAGUACCUGUCGUACUACGCCGGGCAGGACGGGUGGGAGAAGAAGCACUUCGGUCCGGCCAGGUGGGCAAGGUUCGUGGAGAGGAAGCGUCAGUAUGACCCCAAGGCCAUCCUGUCCCGUGGCCAGAGAAUUUUCACGUCCCCGCUGGCUUGAUCCAUAUUCUCCCUAGCUAGCUAGCUAGGGGUGCAUGCAUACAUGGGCCCGUCGGAGGAUCGAUAUAGAUGCAGUCCGUCCACAUAUAGAUAUAUAUGGGGACAUAUCGUCUUGGCAAGGAUCGAAUUAAAGUGAUUUUCUUGUACGUACGUUGUAUUUAAAGUUACAGUACUACUGUACCGCUGGACCAUGCAUGCAAAUAUAGAAUAAUCAUUGUCCUC